ACAAAAACACACACAUACUAUUUUAAAAAGAGAGUCACUUGCACAUCAUCUUAUAUAAAUCAUGUUAGUGUGUGUCUGUGGCUUGUGUUGUCCCCUUGUUUGUCUAACUUCAAAUACUCAUUGGAUUAACUUUACUCUUGUUUUCCCUAAAACAUCAAUUAAUAUGAUAUGGAGGAUAAGUAUAUAACAGCCAUAUUUGUGUACUUCAAUUUAAAGAAAAAAUCCCAUAUUUUAAUUUGUAACUUUUCCGUGGACUACACUAAAAUUCAACUAAUUAAGUUGUGUAUUUGAGAAAAGCUCUCUCUCGUAGCGAUGGUGAUGGGUUGUCUAAGGUUCCGGUUCUGAUUUGGUUUCUUGAUUCGUUUUCGGGUUAAUGAAGGGGAAUCUCGUCUUGAGAUUUGAUUUGUUUUUAUCUGGUUUUAAUGGUUUUGAUCCUUCGGAUCUGAGGCUGAAGGUGGUGGAUUUCGGAUUGUUGUUUUCUGUGAGAUCUGCUCUCGAUUUGGCUAAUUUCUCGGAUUCAUGGGGAGGGAGGAUGGAUGAUGAAGCUGAUCUAAGAUGUUAUUGAGACUGGAUUUCGUCCGGCGUUGAUUGCGGCUUGCUUUUCUCAAAUCGGAUCCAAAUGAACUGGAGGCGUUUUGCAAUGAUUAAGGGGAUUUGGAGGCUGGUUACGAGAUAUCUAAGGGAUACUACUGUGUCUUUUUUUGGUUACCCACAGUGUCUGAUUUUUGCGAAUCUGGAAAUAUCGGUUGGGAGUAUCGUGGGUUGGCAUUUCCUUUGUUGACCGUGACAUUAAGUGUUGAUUGGGUCUGCGAUUCUGCAAAUGGAUAUAUAAGGGUUCCCAGGUCUAUGGUGUCUACUGGGAGUUCCUCGGGGACUGGUGGCAAGAUGAAAAUCAAGGUGCCACGGUUUGACAACACCACGUUGAUUGAAAGGUAUUCCAAGACUCUCAUUGGUAGAUGUAUGAAUCAUGCAAUGCAGGACAUGAAGGCGCUGCUUUUCAUGCUUCCUAAGAUUUGGAAGAUUGAGGAGAGGGUGGUGGGUGCCGAUCUGGGUUUGGGGCGCUUUCAGUUUGAUUUUGAUCAGGAAGAGGACAUCCAGGAGGUUUUACAGAUGGAGCCUUAUCAUUUUGACCAUUGGAUGCUCUCUCUGGUCCGUUGGGAGCCGGUGGUGGAUCAAAGGUAUCCUUAUAUCAUUAAGUUUUGGGUCCGUGUGUUAGGCGUGCCGUUGCACUUCUAGGCUUAUGAGACGUUCCGAAGCAUAGGAGCUGAUUUAGGUGAGGUCGAGGAGGUUGAUCUAGACACUGGUUGGGUUAAGGUGUGUUUGGAUGGUUUUAAACCAUUGGUCUUCGACGCCUCAGUGAAAUUCCAUAGUGGAGAGGAGACAUCUGUGUAUUUGCGGUAUGAGCGCUUGUAUGGCUACUGUAGGAGGUGUCAUAGUCUGUGUCAUGACAUAUCACGAUGCCCUUUAUUUGGUAAUAAUGGGAAGCAACAGAUGCCUGGGGGUUCUGAUCCUCGACAUGAGGAUAAACUCCAGAGCUAUAAGGGUGCCACGACUAAUGGUGUUAACCCUGGGACGGGUUCUGGUGCGCCUCGGGAAAACACAGGGGUUAUCCACCAAGGCUAUCCUGCAGGAGGUGGGCAGGGUGCAAGCGGUUCUCAGGCCAUCAAUCAUCAGCACAAACAAGGUUUUGGUAAUAAGUCGAAGAAGAGUAGAAGGGAAUUCCAUCCUAGGGAGCAGGUAGUAAUGAAGGAUGCACCUCCGGUGGAUCAGGGUUUAGGCUCUCAAGUAGCUAUUUCGGGUGUUGGGAUCAACCAGUUACACGAUGGGAAGGUUGGGCAUCAUUUCUCUGAGAAUGAGCAGAAGAUGCUCGAUGCUUUCUUGGGAGCAGGGGGAUGUAGAACAGGGGGAGGAUAAGAGGGUACGCAAGAAUUUAUUCCCAGAUCCUGGCGUCUUGAGUGCAACAGGUUCUGACUCCAUGGAGUUGGUGCAGCAGGAUGUCCUGUUCUCAGAUGCGCUGAGCGAUCUUUUGGACCAGGAAUUUCCUCUUCCUACUAGCCAGAACCUGGAUUUUAUGCCUCAUAUUAUUGAAGAAACUAGGGUCGAAACAGAGGAGACAUCUGAGGAAGAAAUUCUAUUAGUGGAGGAAGGGGUGAUGUUUGAGGAGAAUGGUAGUCAUGAUGUCGCAUUGCCUGGUCAAGGCAUACACGAGGAGACUAGUAUUGUUGCUGGAGUGGGUGACUCAGAGCGUAUUGUUCAGGGAGGGGAAGGUUCGGCUGAGGUUCCACCACCACGGGCUCGGUUGGUUAAAUCUAAAGGUGUGCUGCAUGGGGCUAGCACGAAGAAGGGGAACAUGUAUGCUUUAACAUCACCGCGCAAGAAGGCUGUUUCUAAGGGGGUCGGGCUGCAAGGAAAAGCAGGUCCUGUCCAAGGGGGGAAGCCUCCAAGAUCUGCGGCUGACUAAUGUGGUUAGACUACACGGGCUGGCAAGGGGUUGAGGUUCCUUUUAAUCCCCCUCCGUUCUGGUUUCUCGUUUAGAAACAGGAUUUGUCCUGCUCUCCCUUCGUUUUUUUUGUUUUUAACUCUUUUUCAUGUAUGGAAUAAUUACACAACGGAUGUCUCGUUGGUUUGCUUUUGUUUUUCGUUUCUGUUUGCUUUUAUUGGGUUCGUCUGUACUGGUUUCACUGGUCAUGGAUGUAAUCAUCUUUUCCAAAUAGUAAUAAAACUUUACUGGCUCGUUUCUCGUA